GCGGCCCGUCCUGUCCCAGCGCGGGCCGCGGGCAGGAGGGAGAGCUCGGGCGCCUGCCAGGCCCUGCAGGUGGCCGGGUUGCAGGCCGCGGAGCGGAGCGGUAACCUUACCCCUUGGCGACAGCAGCUGGUCGGUUUCUCGAGGCCCGGGCUCCCCGUGGCCGAAGGGGCCGGGUUUGGGGCGGCCAAAGCCUCGGGGAGGCGCGUCUCGGGCCGGAAUCUGUGCGGAGUGGCGGAUAUGGCUCGUGGACAGCAGAAGAUUCAGUCGCAGCAGAAAAAUGCCAAAAAGCAAGCUGGACAAAAGAAGAAACAAGGACAUGACCAAAAGGCUGCUGCCAAAGCUGCCUUAAUAUAUACCUGCACUGUCUGUAGGACACAAAUGCCAGACCCUAAGACCUUCAAGCAGCACUUUGAAAGCAAGCAUCCUAAGACUCCACUUCCUCCAGAAUUGGCUGAUGUUCAGGCAUAAAGUUGUUUACAGGUGAAUUCACGACACCUUUGGCUCUUCUACUGUCUCAGACCUUAGGUAACAAACCUGCAGCUGCUUUUCUAACAAACUGUUGAUCAGCAAAAAUAAAGGGGCUACAGAAACACUCAUUUUUAUGCUGUUCCCUUUUGGGCUUCAUGCAAAGACAAUUCUGUGUAAAUGUACAGUUGACUCUGAUUUGGAAAUCUGAAAAUCAGUCCAUCCUUGUUAUAAAAAAUUUUUUUACAAUUGUAAUUAUAUUGAUGUUCAUAUUGUGUAAAAUAACUCAUUUAAUAAAGUAGUACUUUGAUUUUACAACAUCACAGGAUAAAUGGUUCUAGAAAUUCUGUUCUAACCUUCCACAUUAUUUGCCUUAUAAACAUCUAAUGAAUUUGUCAGCUAGAAUUGCAAGCGCAGUUCCUAUCUCCCUUUCUCAGCUCAGUGGCAGGUUCGCUAGUUACGUUGGAGCAGACUCAUUCAUAGUUUUAUUGGCAGCUGCUGGUCUAGGUGAAGAAUGACUUACCUGCUGCCUUAGUAUAUUACCACCAUGUGUCAUUUCCCCCUCUGAUCAUUUCCUGUGUUUGAGGUUGGAAUAUUUUAGCCUGCUGUGUGACCUGGCCGUAGCUGCCAGCCAGGUAUACCCUCUAGAUAACUGACAAAUUCCUAAUGUGGUUGGAUUUUCAGUGAGCCCUUCUGAAAGAAUAGGUUCUGGAGUAUGUGCCGUAACGAAAUAAUCCAGCUUUCGUUUAAUACAAAACCUGAUGGAUCACAUGUGAACUGGUAAAGAUCUAUCUUAUAUAAAUUACACCUAUGGAUUCUUUCACAAUUCUUCAGGUUCAUUAAUUUGAGAUUAAAACUCCAAAUUUGAUGGAAUUUAUUAAUAAUUUGGCCAACUUUAUGAGUGGUUUUCCUUAAUAGGAAGAUCGGAAUGACUUGCUGCUGGGUUAAUUCCCAGAACCUUCUCCCUCCUUUCGUUUGUAAGUGAAUGGUUGGUUUUAGAAGUUUACUUUGUACUGGUUCCUGAAAUCAAAGACUGUACAGUAUGAUUUGUCUGAACUAGAAAAGUAUUAAAAUAGGCCAAUGUCCACAUUCUUUUGGCUCUAAGGAUGGGGAAGUGGGUUGGUUCCGAUGGAUGAGGUAUAUCCCAUCCAGUUAAGGAAGACUAAUUUUAGGGUCCUUCUAAUUUGCUUUUGUCAGCUGUUAGCUUUACUAGUGAAACUGCUUUAACUCGGUUUAAAAUUUGAAGUUAAUAUAAUAGGAAGAAAACGCAACUAUUUACUGGUAAUUGCUUAGAGCCACGAAUCUGAUCCUGUGGGUCACAAAGCGCGUUCCCUCUUUCUGCUGUAAUUCAUCACUGCAUUUGUUUCAUAGCUGUGCGUGUUCUGCCCACCUUGUUUGACUUCACUGUAAGUUUAAAAUAAGAUAUUUACGAGGAAAAGCUUCAGUGGUGAUAGUUUCUUAGCAACUUCUGUUACGUUCUCACUUUAAAAUAGUCUUUUUUUUCCGUGUAAUUUCCUGAGUUCAGAUUUAAUAUCUGUUGUUUCCUAAUAUGUUGGUUACCAGAACAUUAGAAUUUGCCUGAUUGCUUGUGGUGGGUAUUACAGAAGUUCUGGUUAAAUUACAAUUUAAAGGUUUUUAAAAGUGCUUUGACCAUAUGUAUGUUUACAUUUAGUAACAAAUCAUUUAAAAACCAUUCACAAGUUUUGGUUUUUUUUUUUUUUUUUUUCAUUUGUUUUACUGGCUGUAAUUCAGAAUAAAAGCUUUUUGUUCUUGUAUUUAACCCUUUUUUAUAAGCAGCUGAAGACACCAUAUUUCACUUUAUAUCUCAGUGAUAGGAAAAUAGCUGCAUUGGUCUUGCAUAAGACAUUGAUUCUCAUACUUCAUGUAAGGAUUCUUAGUUACAAUCCCUUCUUUAUUAUGUUUGACUUAAAUUUGCUCUAAGGGGAAAAUUAAAAUUCUUAAGCAUCCUCAUUAUUUAAUUUGAAGAUUCUCUAACAGACCACAGCAAAGUUCAUUAUAAAACUUAUGGUGUCUUCAAAGACUUUAUAAAAUCUGAGACACUGAGAGAGAAUGGGUCCAUUUGUAUUCUGUAUUUCCACUAAUUGCCAAAAGGAAUGGGGUUAAGGUUCAAUUUGUUUCAUUCUACUUCAUAUGGAUCUACAUCCCCAUGUUUAACUGACACACUGGGGCUCAGUUGUGUGCUGUAAUGUCUUAUUAAAGAAGAUAUUAAAGAAAACUAAA